AUGACUACCAUCCACCACCCCGCUCCUCAGUCAGGCCUCACAUCCUUUGCUGUUUACCAAGACCCACACGAUCGCGAACCCAUGUCACCUACCGAAAUAUAUGCGGGGGAUGACUCCUAUCACUCUGAACGCUCGUUUGCAAUGACCGACGACGUUGCACACAGUAUCGAGCUACACAACAGUCCCGAAGACGAGCCACAGCCGUACCGGAGCUCGUACACAUCGCGAAAUUCUGUCUCGCAACCACGGCCGUCGUCGCACUAUAGCUUCGUGUCCGCCGUGCCCUCGGAUACGUCCAUCUUGUCUAAAUCAAUGCUGCCUGCCAAUGAGGCAGGUGCGCGAGCUCGCAAAGAGCGUCCGCGCUUCCGGAAUAGCGAGUCGGGACGCAAUAUCCACAUGUCGUCGCCACCGCCGGUGCUCGCACACCAAAGCUCCCACGAACGGCUAAAGGGGUCCUUCAAGUUGACGACGCCGAUUAGGAAUGGAGGAACCGAAACACCCGGAUCGAGACAGUCCGGAUCGCGAAGAAGGAGCAUACGGGAGCCGCAUAGCCCAAGGCCGACGCCGACGCCGACGCAGGCUCCGCUGGUCCUGCUGCAUGUCACCAUCUUGCCCAUGCAGUUGCCGUAUUCGCACGACAUCAUGGCUAGGAUCAUGCCCGAUUGGCUGGUGGAGAACUACAAGCUCUUGGAGGAGAAGCUGCAGGACAUUAUCUUGAUGCGGCGUGGUCUCCUCAUCCCCCACCCGCGAGACGAAUACGACCUACUCGAGGAGCGCAUACUGGAGAGCUUGGAGCUCAAGACGCCCCGCAUUCUCCCGUGCGGCCACUUUGUACCACCCGAGGACAACGACGACCAGGAAGACGAUGACGAGGUAUCGAGCGUGGCUGACGAGACGACCGGACGAGGCAGUCGCAUGAGUGGAGGCACACUGACCGAAGCGAGCAACCCCUCCGUCAAUGGUGACCACAGCACGUGCACCGACUGUCACCGCCAACUCAAGAAGCCAGGCAAGGGCAUCGGUGCCGGUACACGCAAGUGGGACAUCAAGAUCUACGCCGCCAAUGGACUGAUGCGAGCUGCGGCAUGGACUGCGUGCUGGAACGACAUGGAGAGGUGCGAUGUCGAGAUUCACCCCUGGGUUCCGGAGGAGGUCCGCAAGACACUUGAAAAGCGAGCACAAGAGGAACUGGAGGCAGACAAACGCAAGGAGAUGUACACCGUCGAGCUUCAACGACAAAUACAAGAAGCUGCCGCGAAGACAAAGAUUCUCGAGGAAGAGGCAAAGGCAAAGAAACGCCAGGAAGAGGCAGAGCUUCAGAAGAGCUUUGAAGAGGCUGCUGCCGCGUUGCAACGAAGUAUCGAAGAGAAGGCAGUGGAGAAGAAGAGAUUCCAGGAGGACCUCGAGACAAAACUCCAAGAGGCAAAAGAAGCUGUGCGUCUGGAAUUAGAGGCUAAGGCUCUCGCCGAAUCAGAUGCCGUCGCUGACCGCUUCCGUGCUCUGGAAACGCUUCUCAAGGAAAAGGAAAGAAAUGAGGCUGCCAUGCAUGCUGCAUCUUCCCAGUCUGGAACUUUACAGGUCCCCCUCAGCACACUGUUGAAAAACUACUUUUUCGUCCUCUUGGCCGAUAAGCGCAAUCUCGUCAUCAUUCUGCUGGGUGCUGCUGUUGCAUACCUGUCGAUGAACUUGACUUUCGGACAGCAGGCUUCAUCUUCCCAGAUGCUCGAAUUGCCCAACGAAGUCGUCAUGGCAAACAUGCCGAAUGCCGUCACCGCUACUAUGACUGCGACUUCCUACUCCACUCUGACUGUCACCGCGUUCCAAACCGCGGCCGUCAUGCAGGAAACUGCCGUACCCGUCGCAGUCGUCGCAGAGCCGGAGAUUGGGAUCCCUGAGGUCGUUCUUCCAGAGGUCAUCAUCCCUGAACCCAAGGUUAUCGAUGCCGUUGUCGAAGAGUCUCCCAUGCCAACCACCCCUGCCGUUGAAGAACAAGAAGAAGCCCUUCCCACCAGUCCAGCCGUCGAGCUUCUCGAUCCCGUUGACCAACCUGCUCCUGUCACGGAACUCAAAAUGGAACUCAUCACUUCUUCCCCAGUCGUCGAAGACGUUGCCAAUAUCAGUCACGUACCCGCCAUGAAGGCUUGCGUGCUAGAGCCCGUCUUCCAACUCGGUCCUGCUCACUGCGCUGCAAGUGCACUUUGA